AUGGAGGCCACCGCACUUGUGCUCCUCCCUCACAGCCACAGUGGCCUCACGGCCAGAGCACCGCCUUGCGUGGGUGGAAGCUCCGCGAUGAAGAGGAGCUACGUGAGGAGGAUCAAGCGGAGCUCCACGGUGCGAGGGGUCAUGGCGAGGCCACAAGAGGCGACGCUAGCUCGGGUCCCGGCGCCGGCGCCAACAAGGCCGGUGAGAGAGACGGCCGCGGCCACGACGACGACGAAGACGGUGUACCACGACACCUGGUUCGACAACCUGGCCAUCGGCUACCUCUCCCGGAAACUUCAAGAAGCUUCUGGGAUAAAGAACGGAAAACAUGGCUACCAAGGAUUAAUAGAGGCCGCUGUGGCAAUCUCCAGAAUCUUCAGGCUCGACACGCAGUGCGAGGUUGUGGCCGGCGCUCUCGAACGAGCAAUGCCAAGCUACAUCGUCACAAUGAUAAAGGUGAUGAUGCCACCUUCAAAAUUUUCCAGGGAGUACUUUGCUGCCUUCACCACCAUAUUCUUCCCUUGGCUGGUUGGACCAUGUGAGGUCAGGGAAUCUGAGGUCGAUGGAACGAGAGAGAAGAAUGUGGUGUACAUCCCCAAAUGCAGGUUUCUGGAAAGCACCAACUGUGUCGGUAUGUGCACCAACCUUUGCAAGAUCCCAUCCCAGAAGUUUAUGCAAGAUUCGCUCGGAGUUUCUGUGUACAUGUCACCCAAUUUUGAAGACAUGAGCUGCGAGAUGAUCUUUGGACAGCAACCUCCUGAAGAUGACCCAGCACUGAAGCAGCCCUGCUUCAGCACAAAAUGUAUCGCGAAGCAGGACUAUGGUGUGAGUUGCUAG